GAGGGUAGGGAGGUUCAUGGUUAGAUGCGACCGUACCAUUUGAUCAAGAUGAGUUCCGUUCAAGCUUUGACACGUACUUUGACACGAACUUUGACAAUAUUUCAUCGAUCAUGCAGGCUAGAUAGAAAGAGAAUUUGGGGAAAUUUUUAUUUUAAAGCAUUUUCCUCAAAUUUAUCUCCUUUUAUGGCUGAAAAGUAUAGAAAAGUUAAUGAGAAGGCUGUGGGAGAUACAUUGGAGAUUGAGGCAUUGUAUGAAGAACCAGGGGUCAAUUACUCCCCAAUUGAUAAUCCACAUGGUGCUUGCCCGAUAUGCAGUCGAAACCUACACAUUACAUACAAGGAUGUGCUGAUACUUAGCCAGUUUGUGGACAAGGACGGAAACGUGCUCUCAAGGGAGCUAACUGGAGUUUGUGCUAAACAGCAGCUACACUUACGAGAAUGUGUGGAACGAGCAAUGGCUGCAGACCUUCUUCCAAAUCACAGACCGAGCCACUUACCGAGUCCCCAAGAAAAGGAACCAGGAAAAGCGGUAUUUCAUAGAUUUUGAUUGAGAGGAAUGCCAUGGAGUGUUUGGAUCUAGGGAAGAACCAUUUACAUCCUGUCAGUGCAGCUAUACAUGGACAUUGCUAUCUCUCACUUGGCAUCUUAAAUUGAGGGAAGACUAUCAGCAUACAUCAAA